AUGGCCUACAUUUCAGCCUCUUCGAAGUGGUUUUACCGCGGCGAAGGGAACAGAACUCUUGUCAUUUCAAAUCCACAGACUCAAAAAGUCCUUCGCUUGCAAAAGUCAAACGUAGCAUCAACAGAUCAGACAAAUUCAGCUCAAGAUUCGAGCGGAAAAGCUGCGGAAAAGUUGCGGUUAGAACUUGAAAAAAGUAUCAAGCUUUAUCAAGAAGUUUUCACUCCACUGUUGGGCGCGCAAUACGUCGAACAUGGAGCAAUCGUUGAGCUACCGGGAGAGUUCAUGGCAAAUAUUAAAGAUCUGGUUACAUCUGCUAAUACAAAUAGGCCAAAACAUAGACUGAACAAAGAGGUGAAUGGACAGAACAAAUAUGGUAUUUUGAUGCCGGAUUUUUGCUUUGUACCCUCAGGCGACGGGAUUAAUGCUAAUGAGGCUAGCCGGCCUACAUUCUGUGUGGAAAUCAAACCAAAGUGUGGUACGAUGCCAGCUUGUAAAGGGCUUGAAAGUGGUGAAUAUAAAGAUGUGAAGCAAUCUGUUUGUAAAUAUUGUCUUUUUCAGUGGACAAAGGUUUACAAAGAUGAGAAAUACUUACAGCGGAGUGGCUACUGCCCUUUAGACCUCUUCUCAUCUGACAUAAGGAGAGUCUGGUAUGCUUUGACAUGUCUUCUGAAUAAUCCACAAAAUAAUUUCAGAAUUUUUCAAGAUGGUAAUAUGAUGUACUCUGGUGAGACAAUGGCACCAUCAUGUGGUUCAAUGGUUGAAAGUGAAACAACCGAGCAGGCACCAUCAACUAUGGGUUCAAACGAACACCACCUACACCUGUCAAAACUUGAAGAGUUCCUAAGUCAUUCAUUUCUUGACAGUACUCAAGACAUGUUAACCAACCACAAUGUGUGUGGUGAAAAAAAUGGUUCCAACAUGCAGUCAACCACUGUGUUUUUGGCAACAUUGCUUCAGUUACUUAUAUAUGACUCCAAUGAAAAUACAGUUGGUUGUGGCAAUGGCAGUAAUCACCAUCCAUCAAAGCACCCUGUUUGUCUGGCAAGUCAAUACCAUGAAGCUGACUGUAUGACUGGUACCAUUCCAGCAUAUAUGAUGUCAAAGGGAUUGACCUUUGCUCAAGGUGGUGUUCUGAAGAAAAUCCUAGAUGUUCAGAGGCUAGAUGAUGUUGGGACUGACGAAGCAUUUUGUAUUUUUAAUAAUUUAUAUGCAAUUGGUGUAAAAGACAUGAUUGAUUUGCAUAUAUUUGCUUGGAAUGAGAGUCAAUGUAGUGUUAAUGCAAACGAAAACACAAAUGCUAAUCCUAGAAAUGUACAAAUAAACGCUAAUUAUGACCAAGUGCAUGCAAAUAUUAAUUAUAAAGGCAAGAUUACUGAUUGUUGCAUCACCAAUGGUAACUCAUUGGCACAUGUAAACAAGCACUCAGUAACAAGUAAAUUAGAUAGUCUUACAAAGUUCCUAAUUGCAGCCAGCGCUAAUGAUUGCUCCAUAAUGAUCUCAUUUCAAGAAGUUAUUGGUCCUUUGGCAAACUCAAAUUGCUUUCGAGAUCUUCUCACUGGUAGAGUUUAUAAAUACUCAAUUGCCAUAGUUGAUCUGGACCAGAAGUUGGCUGAUCGUAUUCCAAAGUAUUAUAAGGAAUAUAAUGAUAUAAUUGAUAAUUAUCUUAGCUUUAAAAACAAUGUGGAAUUGUAG